UUGAGUUUGCGACUCAAUAACGUGGGAGCGUGUUAAACGUGUAAUGCUGAUGUUACUUUAAGGCUGGGUUUUAAUCCUAUGUAACGUUACUGUCAUGGUUUAAAGUAAAGUGUAAGUGCACAGAACACCUCUGCUCGUGCAACAAAGAAUGCCGCUGUGCCCAUUUGGACAUGCAGCCGUACCGGUGGCCAGAUUACGAGACACAGCUUCUCAGAGAGCUGCAGAGACAACAAAACAAUGCCCAAUUCUGUGAUACCCUGUUGCAAACUGAGGGUAUCUCAGUCCCAACCCACAGUUGCAUUCUUGCGGCUCUCAGUCCCUACUUGUCUCAGAAGCUGUCAGCCUCCCCGCUGCCUCCAUCGGGCCAGAAGCGCCAGAUCCAGCUCCAGGCUGUGAAGGCCCAGACCCUGCUGAAGCUUGUUGGUCUUCUGUACUCUGGGGAGCUGGCAGUAGAAGGAAGCGCAGAGCAGAAUGAUGUGCUGUCUGCAGCCCGCCAGUUUGGAAUCACAGACCUUGUUGAAGGACAGAAAGAUGGGGUUGGGAAGGAGGGAGAACUCCAGAAAAGAAGUUUUGGGAGUUGCAGAGAGAGGACUGAAAGUAGAAAAAUGCAGGAUGCACAAAUUCAGGCUGAAAUGGCUGGAAUGAGAGAGAGAGAUUUCCCAACUGAAAAGCGAAGGUGUGUAUCCAUAGGCACACAGACUGUUACAACGGUUGAAAAGACAGUGGGCGGUUAUUUUACUUCCAUCUCAUUGCAAUCCCAAAACAUCACACUUGAUAAAUAUAUUAGUUCCACUCCUCCACCUCCUUCCAGUAAGCCCAGUGGAAUGUGCAGUGAUGGAGAAACUACGUUAGAUCAUUCCUGUGACAGUGUAACAAGUCCCACAUCAAGUCCAUCUUCGUCCAGCAACGUGAAGACUCUCCCUAUUCCCCCAAAUGAUGGCUCAGACUCUCCAACACCUCAGGAAGACAGCGCCAACCAGCGGUCAUCUGGGUCUGGGGACAGCUUACAGGUGUCGGCUGAGGAUGUGACAGGAUUGGAGGAUGGAAAAUCAAAUGGCAAUGGCAGUGAAAAUACAGAGUGGCCAAGUCACAGCAACAGAGAUGAGAUGCUAGGAGAAGAAAGGGGAAUCUUAACAGAGAGGAGGUGUGUACAUGUAGGGAUAAAGAACCUGGCUAAGAUGAAACAGAGGCAGCAGAUGAUGGACAACACACAGUUUUCUGUCAAGGUGAAGCUGAAGAGGAGGACCAAAGGAGAAGAGUGGGAGGUUGUGAGCAUGAAAGACAAAGAUGACAUGUUGUCAGUUCUUACCGCCCGGAAACAGGAUGACUCCAACCACAAAAGGCCACAGGCGGACCUUACAAACAGCAAAGCCCCUCCCUCCUCUGUCCAGCCAUGCUCAAUUCAUAAACCAGAGACCUUGAUUGUUCAACCUGCUGCCACCAACCACCCUGAACCACCUUCUCACCCCAACGCCACCUCUGACUUCCAGCUCCUCUCUAGUGAUUGCCUCGCCCCAAACCAAAAUGAUGGCUUAGUGUCAGUCCCUCAGCCUCCAGGCCCUGUGGAGGAGUGUGAUGAGCAGAUAGAGAAGCUGUUGGAGGACAUCAUGAUGGGCCUGAACAUCCUGCCAAACUUGGAGAGGGACUGCAAGAAGUCUCAUUAUCCACAGCCGAACCAUGAUGAAGCACUGGCUGUUUGCCAGGUCCCAGCUACAGAGAAUGAGAGGCUGCAGAGUCGCAUGCAUGCUGCUGUCAGCGCAGCAGCGAUUGUGUAUGACCAAGAUUUUGGGACACAAAUUGGUCACUCAUCAACAGAUACAGGUAUCUAUUGUUUUACAGCUCAGAACCAGCCCAGCUGCUCAGGCCUUUCAUCUGUACAGCCAGAAGCUGUGCUAAUUCAGCAGCAGCAGCAGAAACAGCAGCAGCAGCAGCCCUCUCCUCAGUAUCACUCAUCUGUCACGUCCAUGGAACAAAGAGAUGGACCGAGUCACCCGGGCAUACCUCUGUCUAAAAGUCAAAAUUGUCGAUAUCCUGAAGCACCCAGAACAACAUCAGCACUCUUCUCCGGUGGGCAGAAACUACUUACUACUCUUACUCAUUACCCCGCAUGCCAGGAACUGUUUUCACAGGACAGUCAGAGCAUCCUACAGUUUUUACCCCUGACAAAUGAAAAUAUGGCACAGUCCUCGCAUAAUUUACCUUGCUUGGGUGAUUUGCGGCUUCCUCGGUGCCUUUCUCCAUUAGAGCCUUCUACCUCAGCAACAAAACAUCAGCCUGCCCUCAACAAUUCAGUGAACCAAAGCCAUAAAAUUCAGCCACAGCCAUCUCUACAUGGGCGACCCUGGCUAACAGUAAACCCCGGACCACUACAAUUCCCUUUCAGUGCCAUCACUCACAGAGAAAAUAAAAGUGCGUCUUUAUCACAGGAUACACACUGCAGCUGUUGGUCAAAGCAAUGGCAGAAACAUCCGGAUAUGAGGCCACAAAACGGGGGAACCUGUGCAGCAUCUUGUACUAUGAAAGAAGUGGAAGAGAGAGGAGCACAAUCUGCUGGUCAUCAAAAUGUGGCAGAGCUCAAAUCUUCUCUCAGGAAAAAGGAAGAAAGUUUGAAAUAUAAACAGGGUGACACUAAAGGCGAUGCUGCAGCACCUAAAAAGAGGAAGAGAAAGCACACAGCUCAUCCACAAGAGGCCAGCUCUACUCUGGCAUACAAACAUGUGAAAGUCAGUGAUGGAACAAAAGGUCAAAUCAACCUGAGCCUUUGUUCAGUCAGCUUGUCAAGCAACAAUGUGCUAGCGAAGGAAAGAGAAGUGGCCACCGGUUCCUCAAACACAUUCAAAAAAUUUGUACAGAAACAAAAAGAGCCAUCACCUACAGACAGUCAGGGAGAGAAAACUAGAGGGCCUGGGGAUCUCAGUAGUGACCAGAAAAGAAUCAGGACCAGGGCUUUUCUGAAAAAAGCUCAAGAGACACCAAGUAACUCAAGCACAGACAAUUUAGUUUUAAAACCCACGUACCGUAUAGCUCCGAUUGUGAAUAAACCAGGAGUUUGCAAGCGGGGACGUGGAAGACCAAGGAAAACAAAGCUUGAGGAACGCCAACCAGGGAGCUCUCAUACCAUCACUGAAAAAACGAACCACAAUGUAGAAAAAGACCUCCAAGUUUACAGCAAUUUGCUGAAGGAGGGGAGUGAAAAAGCAAAGAGAAGGUGUAAAAAACGGAGGAGGAAUAGAAGUGAAAUGGUGGCAAUUCCAUUGAAAAAGGCUGCAAGUGCUAAGAGACCUGUAAAGGCUCAGGCAAACAAUAACGAUGUAAUUCCAGAGGGAAGAAAACAUGGGACACCCAAACGGCCACGGCUGGUCUCUCUAAAGGAGUUUCAAAAGAUUAUCAAACGCCAACACUCAAAUACAAGGAAGUCAAAUGAAAGCCAGGAGCAGAAAACUGAUGAAACUCUAAGAAAUGUAGAAAGUGAAGGAAAGGCGUGUGGUAGCAGAUCUGAAGAAUUAACUAAGGAGACAGAGAUGGACACAGACUCUGCUCACACUCACAACAGUGACAGAAUUGAGGAAUCUCAUGACCUCCUCAGUGUCACAGUUGAUAAAAAUCACAAUCAGGUUUUCGACCAAUCAACAGCAGAGUGUGGUUCCACUGGUAAGGAGACCAGUCUGUUUGGUGAAGGGUCCUUUAAUGUGUUGGGAGAAGAGGAGGCUGAGUUGGUAGCUGAGAGUGAGCAGCCGCUGGAGAAUCCUGAUGAAGCACAGGAAGUCUGUGAUGCAGGAGUGCCAGAUACAACGCAGCAGACCGCUAUCAACAAGGAAGGCUCAACUUACAGUGACACCCAUCUGCCCCAAGAAUACAGAAUGUCUUUGGACCACAACUUGAAUCCCCAGACUGUGGAGAGAACUAGUCCACCUCUGUCAGACACUGUUGCUUUCAGCAAGAAAUCAGACUGUGAUCAAGAAGAAGAAGAAGUGGAGGAGGAGGGGGAGGUAGAUGUUCUGCUGUACUCCCCAGACAAAGUGCCUCACAUCAGAGAGUGUGAGAAGGGACUUGACAACAUGGCCAUAAGUCCUGAGGAAGAAGAGGAGGAUGAUGAAACUGAGAUUGAUGUGACUGGAGAUGAGGCAGAGUAACCUUUGUAUAUGUGCAUACCUUUUUACUAUGUUGUGUGGCUAGUUCAGCACUUGAGAGUGCCAAGCCUAACAUUUUCUCUGUUCUGGUUUUAAGUAUGCUCACAGAGAUGCCAAAUCCAUUUUGCUGUGAAGCUAUAUCAGAAAUUUUUCUGUUUCCACCCCAGUCAGUGCCUGGUGAUUAUAAGCUGUGUGUAUGCAAGAAUUACAGGCUGAAUACUUGUGUUGACCUCCAUUUAGUUCAAUAUAUAAGGUUCAAAUGGAUGUUUAAUUUCCAUUAAUAAUAUACCAAAGCUUUGAUUACAGAUGGGUUACAUUCUUACUGUUGUUCAUGUCUGUCAAUAAUUGUAUUAAUUUCACAUUUUCAGAGAAAUAAGAAGUGCCUGCUUAGGGUAAAAGCACUUCAGCAGCAGUGUCUGUGUAAGGAACUAUUAUAGGAAAGAAACCUAAUUUUGAGCCUGUGUUUGGAAAGCACAUUACGUUUUGA